GUCACGUCCCAUCGGAACGAGAGGUUAAAUUGAUGAAUUAGUGGGCAUCUCCUCACCCGGUGACCUCUGACCCGCCCCGAACAUGGACUUCCCCGACGAGCUCCUGCUGGCCGAGCUGAGUCACCUCCAGCUCUACAACGACUCGCUUUUCCAGCACAAUUUCAGUAGCGCCUACAACGACACCGACGCCCUGCUGCCGACCGGAGUGAGGGUCACCAUUGUGGUGGUCUACAUGAUCGUUUGUGUCAUCGGCCUGGUGGGGAACUUCCUGGUCAUGUAUGUCAUCAUAAGAUACACUAAGAUGAAGACGGCCACCAACAUCUACAUCUUCAACCUGGCUCUGGCUGACUCUUUAUUCCUGGCCACUUUACCAUUCCAGGGCACUGACGUGUUCCUGGGCUUUUGGCCAUUUGGAAAUGCUCUGUGCAAGGCGGUAGUCUCCAUCGACUACUACAACAUGUUCACCAGCACCUUCACCCUGACAGUGAUGAGCAUGGACAGGUAUGUGGCUGUCUGCCACCCCGUCAAAGCUCUGGACAUGAGGACCCCUCACAAGGCCAAGAUGGUGAAUAUCUGUGUGUGGGUGUUGGCCUCAGCCUUUGGAGUUCCGGCCAUGGUGAUGGGGAACGUUGAGGAGGAGCAAGAGCAUAACAGCGUUGAGUGCAUCGUCGUCCUGCCGGAGCCACGUAGUCACUGGGAUCCGGUUUUCGGCACAUGCGUCUUCCUCUUCUCCUUUCUCAUCCCCGUGGCAAUCAUCAGUGUCUGCUACAGCCUGAUGGUCAAGCGGCUACGCAGCGUUCGCAUCCUGUCAGGCUCAAAGGAGAAGGACCGCAACCUCCGGCGCAUCACCAGAAUGGUUCUGGUGGUGGUGGCGGUGUUUGUGGUGUGCUGGACCCCCAUCCAGAUCAUGGUCCUGGCCCAGUCGCUGGGCUUCAACCUGAGCAGCUUGUCUACAUUGGUCUUGAUGCAUUUCUGUAUUGCUCUGGGCUAUGUCAACAGUAGUCUCAACCCUGUGCUGUACGCCUUCCUGGAUGAGAACUUCAAGCGCUGCUUCCGGGAGUUCUGCCAACCUUCUCCGUUCCGUCUUGAUACCCAGCAGUCGGGCCGUAUGAGGAGCAUCGCCAGGGAGGUGGCGGCCGCCUACAGCUGUAAGGCCGACGGCGGUGGGCCCGGCGGAGGGACUCCCAAUCCCGCAUGACUAGGCGUGGAGCUGCCUUUGGUGGGCGUAGACCACCCACAGAGGGGAGAGACACCAGGGACGGGGAACUCCAACACGGAACUGACUCAGAUUACAGCUCUCUAGCGGCACGAGCCCCCCCACCCCCCAACAAUACGAUUGGCCUGGGGUGGGGGGGAGUCUGAGGAGGAUGAUGAUGACGCAGAAGGGAAAAGAAUCUGAGAACAUGUAAAGUUGGACAAAUUGUGUGAACAGGAUUAAGGGUUGGAGUUUAGAAUCAAACUGACUGUAUGGCAGACAUUUGGUUUGAUAUAUGGUGAAAGAUUUGAAGGUGGUUACAUCCUGAUUCUUGGAAUGGUCCAUCAUUUUAGGAAAAUGACAUUUAUGUGUCUGGGGAUAAACCCCAUUAAGGGUUUAUUUUUAAAACAAAUUCCCUUGCUCAGAAGACUUACUGAUGGAAAAUCAGUCAGAAAGAGGAGGAAGGAGCUGAAGUUCAAACCACUAAUUUGGUGCUUUUAAGGAGAUUCUAUAUCAACAGUGGAGGUGAAAGGACCACACACAGAAUCUCUUUGGGCUAGUGAGAGGAAGGAUUAACACCGUUGAUUAUUACAUUUUUCAUGAUGACGUUUUCAGCCAGUUCGAGCAAAUAGAUCGCCUUUCUUAAAUCACUCACAGUCAUGUAACCAGGUCUUAAACAGAUUUGAAUUUGGUCGUGAAAAUAUAUGGGACGUAAGAUCUCUCGUUUCAAAACCUGUAAAGGGUCUUAUGAGUGUGACUUUGAAUGUUCUUAGAAUCACUUAAGAGUGGGUUGAAUUGAAGCAGUUGUUAUGCUGCAUUCCAGAAAACUGGGAAUGCCAAGGUUUCAGAUAUCCCGCGAGGUAAAGUGCAAUGAAAUGCCAAUCAAAGGCCAAAGUACUGCAGGAGAAUGUAUAGAAAUUCAGUGAUUUGUCAUAACACAUGCUGCAAAUGUAAAGCGCUUUAUAAAUUGUCUUUAUUUGUAUCAACUGCUUUACUUUAUCAAUAAUAGCAACCUGUUUUGCACGGAAUUUGGUGGUUUACUGAAGGUAUGUUUCUAUAUUCUUUCUGCAUGCAGUCAUACACCAAGACAUAACAAAAAAAAAAAAAAAAAAAAAAAAGUGACUCGAAGGUAUCGUUUGUGUAUAUUUGCUUCACUUGGAACGUCGGGAUGCUCAGAUCACUAAAGAUCCUGCUUUCACGUUUUCUGGAAUGCAACAUCAGCCCAUAUUAAACACUGGGCUGCUUUGAACAAUGAAAUUGUUCCUCAUCUGUCUUUUUCUGUGGAAGAGGCAUGAUUAAUACAAAUCCAGUAUCUUUGCAGGUACUUUAUGAAUGCUGCAUGGAGGUGCUACGUUGCAGUACACAGGCUCAAGGUUAAAUUGUAAGGGUUCGGUUAGGUUGGGGGGGUCUCAUUUGAGUGCAACGCAGGACAAGGUGGUCACCGAACUUUGACCCAACUCCAAGGGAUGAAGGGGCUCACCCCCACUCUCGUUUUAGUGUCUGAAAAGUGACAUUAACCCUGGAACACAAACGACAUGGUGUCGUCGUGAUGCUGUACAUACAAUUAUUUAGAAGGAAAAAAAUGUAAAGACCAUUUUUUGUUGUGUUUAAUCAAUGUAAUAAAUAUCAAAUCCCCUGGGCUGGAUUCACACUGCAUGCUCAAUUGGCCAAUUCCUAUUAUAUACCCAACAGCUUUUUCGAUCUGUCUAUUUACACAUAAAUUUUCAGUGACACGUAACUAAUUUGUCUGCGUACAUUUAGCAAACACAUGAGACAACCCGCAUGCUCAGAGAAUCAACUGAAUGCAAAUAGCUCCACAUAUGCCAACUCUGGGCAGCAGCAACAACAUGAAAGUAAAGAAAAAUGAAUAAUAAACAUUAUGUAGCUAAACUAGUUGGCUUGGGAUGAUUCCUUCCUACUGAUUGAAGUAAGUGAUUGAGUAACUCUGCCUGCCAUUAUUUUUGCUCAUUUAAUGAUGGAUUCACCUCUUGUUUUACAUGUAUCCUUUCAUAAUACAUGUACAUUUUUGUAUUGUUCUUAUUUGUGUUGUCUGGGCAUCCGCCACUGCUGGCAUACGUUGUGAGUAAUCCGAUCCGUCACUUUAUGUUGCACAUAUGUGAUCCGUAUCAAAUUUGUUUCCGCUUUGGGAAAAGUCCUUGUUCCGAUUUGCCGAUGUCAUAUUCCAUUUAUUCCAUUCGUUUCUCGUGUGCUGCCGUAAUGUGUAUCUGAAUCCUGUCAUUUAGAAGCAAAAAAAAAAAAAAGAAUUGUGUCACUUGUAGUGUAAAUCCAGCCCAAGACAUAGAUGGUGCUCAUUGUUUAACGUUGGGUUAAGAUGAUGUAACUCAAUCGAACAACUGCAACUUCUUUUAGUUAGCAUUAUUCUUAGAAUUUGUAUUACAAGU